UCGGCCAGGAUGUGCCCCCUCCGCACUGUGCUGGGUCUGCUGCUCCUGGGGGUGCUGGGAGCCUUCCCGCAGGAUGGAGUUCCGAGGGACACCUGCAAGGAAGGCCCCAACCACUCCUACAACGAGAUUGCUGGGAGGUGCUGUUACCGCUGCCCCGUGGGGCUGACCUCGCAGCAGCCGUGCGCGCAGAGGUCAUAUGACUGCAGGAAGCAGUGUGACCCCGACUACUACCUGGACAGGGACGGCCGUUGCAAGGCCUGUGUGAGCUGUUCUGGAGAUGAUCUUGUGGAGAAGAUGCCUUGCUCAGGGAAUUCCUCCCGUGUCUGCGAGUGCCGGCCUGGCAUGUUCUGUGCCACAUCAGUCAUCAAUACCUGUGCCCGCUGUAUCCCCCACUCCGUCUGCCCACCAGGGAUGGUCGUCAGGUUCCAGGGUACAGCAGAGAGGGACACCAUCUGUGAGCCACUCUCCCCAGUGACCAGCCCUGACUGCAGCACCAGCCCCGAAGCCUGCCAGGCGCCCGCCAGCAGCAGGCCCCCCCAGGCCAGGCCCCUGGGGACUUCCUCAGCAAGCUCCAAGGCCAGGACCACACUUCCUGGAGGGGGUGCUUCCCUCACCCCGGAAAAUGAUUCCAAAAUGACCAGAGCCCCCAGCUCUCCCUCCUCAGUGCGGAAGCCCAGUCCCAAUCCAGGGCUGACCUCGCAGCAGCCGUGCGCACAGGGGUCAUCGGACUGUGGGAAGCAGUGUGACCCCGACUACUACCUGGACAGGGACGGCCGCUGCAAGGCCUGUGUGAGCUGUUCUGGAGACCUGGUGGAGAAGGCGCCGUGCACGUGGAACUCCUCUCGAGUCUGCGAAUGUCGAUCUGGCAUGUUCUGUGCCACAUCAGCCACCAACUCCUGUGCCCGCUGUAUCCCCCACUCCGUCUGCCCACCAGGGAUGGUCACCAAACCCCAGGGUGCAGCUGAGAGGGAUGCCACAGAUGAGCUACCUCCCCCCGAGGCCUGCCCUGAGUGCAGCACCAACCCAGAGGACAGCAAGACGCCCACCAGUGCCCCUGCCCCUCUGGUGUCCUCGGCAGACCCCCAGAUCAGUCAGGAGCAUGGAGGGGGCAUCUCCCACGCCUGGGGAGACACCCCCAUAUCAACGAGCACGCCCAUCUCUUUCUCCUCCACGGCAAAGCCCAUUCUGGUUUCAGGGCCAGUGCUCUUCUGGACGGUCCUGCUGCUGGUGGUGGUCCUGGGCUCCGUGUCCUUCCUCCUGUGCCACCGGAGGGCCUGCAGGAAGUGGAUUCAGCAGAAGCUCCACCUCUGCUACCCUGUCCAGACCUUCCGGCUCAAGGUGGAGCCCGUGGAUUCCAGGCCCUGGAGGAACCCCACACAGCUGAAGAGCAUGUUGGUGGUGGAGUCAGGCAUGGAAGAGCAGGGGUUAAUGAGCCCCCCGGCUGUGGAGACCUCCCCCAAUGGGGCAGCCUGCGUAGAGAGCAUGCGGCUGCUGGAAGCCAGGCCCCCCGCCGCCGGGAGCCCCUCAUCCCCCGGGGACCUCCCUGAGCCCCGGGUGACCUCGGAGCAUACCAACAACAGGAUCGAGAAGAUCUACAUCAUGAAGGCUGACACAGUGAUUGUGGGGACCGUGAGGACCGAGGUGCCUGAGGGCCGGGGCCUGGCGGGGCCGGCGGGGCCUGAGUUCGAGGAGGAUCUGGAAGUGGACCAUGCCCCCCACUUCCCAGAGCAGGAGACGGAGCCUCCUCUGGGCAGCUGUGGGGAUGUCAUGUUCUCAGUAGAAGAGGAAGGAAAGGAGGCCCCCUUGCCCAUGACCGUCUCUGAGAAAUGAAGCCUGGCCUGGGUUGGGGCUGAGAGGGCAGUGGGGUGCCCCCGGGAGGCCAGGGUGGCCCUGGUGGUACCAGGCUGGUGGCAGAGGCCCCCUGUGGCCUGGACUGAGGUUCCAGCAUCCAGGGGUAGGGCAGCCUGGAGCAAGGGGGUUCUGGUGGUCUCUAGUUGCAUGCCCCCCCCCACUGCUGCCCCCCAGCCCAGACCCUUGGGGAGCCUGGGCUUGUGCAGGAGAGACAACCUAGGAGCUGGAUCUGAAUGGCAGUGUUUGUUGGAACAGCGGACAGACAGCAGAGACUGGGCACCUCGUCUCCUGCCAGUGCUGGGAAGAUGCCCCUGGGGCCCUGAGCAUCACACGGCUGGGGCCAGGGCUCACUUGCAGCCGAGGCAUCCCCCUGUGCCUUCUACUCUCACCUGGACCUUACCACCAUGCCGGCAGCCGCCAGUUACUGUAAUGUGGCCCCCUGUGGGCACUGAGCCAGCGCCUGCCAUGGUCGCUCCUGAGUCAAAAGGGAUGUCAAGGGGUGCGGCGUCGUCAGCUGGUCCCAUCUUGGUAACAGCCAGCGCAAGGCGCUCUGUGCCCUGUGUCCGGGUGAGUGCCCAGCCUGGCCCCCAGCCCUGCCAGGGCUCGAGUGAGACCCUCCUGGUGCUGCCAGCCCUCCCCUAUUCUGUAGCCCCCAUGGUCUGCUGGAGGCCUGGGGUCACUGACUUGUCUCACAAGGUCCCCACCAGUCCCCUCCGUGGGAGGCAUCUUGGGACCCAGAGGUCUGCAGACGCUCAGCAGCUGUAGCGCCCUGCCCCCGCCAGAGACCCUGCCCAGCCAGCUGCCGCCUGGAGAAGGGCCUGCUGAAGGGGAGCCCUGGGCCCUUCCUGGGUCCUUGCCUGCUCUGUGGGCACCUCUGCUCUGUCCCGUGGAGAAGAUGCGCCUUCCCCACACCUGCCACGCCCACGGAACCCAGUGGCCUCCGCCCUGCCCUCGUGCUCCAGCCGCUCAGCACCCAUGGCUGGGAUACGGAUGUCAGAAAGCAACACCAUUUCGUCCAGACAUUCUGCCUUAUUCCGGAUUCUCAGAAAAGCAAGUAGUCCAGUCUGGACUUGAGGGCUUUUGCAUUUCACGCUAAGGAGUAAAGCUGUCCCGACGUGGGUCUGCUGGCUGGCUCUCCGCAGGGCUUUCAGACUCAUGUAAACAAACAAGGGGCCUUGGAGAGGGACGUGUGGGCAGAUGACAGGGCUGCCCUCAGCUCAGGCCGUUCAGUCUCGGCUGCCUGGAGGCCCCUGGAAUUACCCACUGGAGGCCAGGCCCAGGAAAGCUGCUGUUUACCCGCCCGCCUGCUCACUCUCUGGAGGAAGUUGGGGCUAGGUCAGGAAUCACAGGGUAGUUUCUGAAACUGCUCAGAUGUUUGGGGGAAAGGUGGAGAGGCUAGGACACCGAGAGGGACUCACACCAGAACCUGAAGACGUUGCGUGUGGUGGACAGUAUUUGCCCGGAUGUCUCGUGCAGGGACAGCGCGGGUACACCGCGCCUGGUACUCCGGCUGGAAGGGGCCCGAGGACGCCCCACCCCGCUGAGCAGGGCACUGACAGUCUUGGCUUGAAGAUGUGGACCCCAUGUUGGACGAAAUGAAGCACUCCCUUGCCCAAAGUCCCUUCACAAAACCUCCGAUCCUCUGAAACCUUUGAUCCUCAGAAAAU